AUGGACGAGAGCGACCAGCUACUGUUUGCUCGACGGUUUGUCGCGUGCAGGCGGGUGUUGCUAGAGGAGAGAGCACCUAUACUUCGCGAGUUGACGUCAAAAAAUGGUGAGACUCCUGCACAUCUCGCCGUCGCUUUCGGAGAGCUUCAAAUGAUCGAAUUACUACUAUCUGGUCGGACAAAGCGCUUAAAGAAGACAGCAUUAAAACACGGCUCACAGGAUAAAAUGCAAGAGUACAAUGAAAACUCGUUGAUUUUCAGGGACUGUAAUGGUACAUCAGUGUUGACAGCGGCUGUAACCCAUGGAAAUAAUGCUAUAGCGUUGUGGUUGUUGAAGAACUUUUGGCAAGGAAUUGGGCGUUCGCUACCGGAAAAGACAGUCUACGGAAAUCACUAUCCAUACAUUGCAAAUAUUUUUUCUCUAGGUAACAUCGAAUACGUAAGACGUGCCGUUAAAACCGAUCCGAAAUCAGUGGACAGCAGAGAUGUUUUCGGUGAGACUAUGGCUAAUUCGCGUCACCUGCACAACGCUUCAACGGUUUUUGUUCCCCUGAACGUUUCUGAAAAGCUAUUUCCAGGCUGCACGCCAUGCGCUUACGCUGUUCAAGGCGGUUUUUUGAAUGUGCUGGAGUAUUUGGUUGAAACGGCUCGAGCGGAAAUCGGAUGCAUCAGUGUGAAAGGUGGAGCGCCUUUCAUGGAGCACAUAUUUGAUAAUAAAGGGACAUGCGGUUAUUGCGCGGCGAAGUGCGCCACUCUCCGAAACCAGAACAAAUUGCAAGGUUUGAAGCAGAUCAAUUCAGGUCAAUCACUCAUUCAUAUUGCGUCCCUAUGUGGACAUGAGAAAAUCGUACAAUGGAUUCUGAAUCGCUGCGGGACCCACGUCACUCUGUGGACAACCUUGGACAAUUCCAAUGCUUUGCAUUGUGCUGCAUACUGCGGUAGCGUACCGGUGCUGCGUAUUCUAUUGGAAUCGUGGUCUCGUAAGAAACGGAGGAUUGUCUUGGCGUUGAAGGACUCUCGUGGAAAUACACCUCUCCAUCUGGCUACCAUCAACGAGCACACCGAAGCUGUUAUUUUCCUUGUAAGUACAAUUUUUAACUUUUAUUUUUUCUUUGAUAUUUAA